UACCACCCUUUUAUAUUGCUCCCACAUUACAAAAGCUGAUAAUUCAUCUCUUUAUUGUUGAAACUGUAUUGCACCACUCUACCAAACAUCCCUGAACACACAGAACUGAGUGACAGGUGUCUCCUGCACCCUGAGUAAAAGCUGGGAUUUUUCUAUUAUUGGUUUGGUGGUUUUUUGGGUUUUUUUUUUGUUUUUUGGGUUUUUUUUUUGUCAGAAACUACCCUUUUAUGAGUAUAAAAAUCACACAACUUUUGCUUCAGAAAAGAUGCGCUUUUCAGGGGUAUUGGUCCGGACUCGGCUAUACUGUGUUUCUUACACUGAGAUCUUAAUACCGAAAAGACAUGAAUGUACUAAAGUAGGAUCGAGGAGCCUUCCUGGCGCCUGCGUAGCGCAGGGUGAGGAAACGCUCCGGUCCUUGUCCCAGCCGGUGCAGCAGCAGCAGGGCACCGCUCCCGGUCAAUGCAAGGCUGAUUCCAAAGCUUUUGGAAGCCGGCUGGGACUGAGAUUCUGUGAGAUUCGAAAGGAGCAGUGGGGAGGCAGCAGGAGCCCCGCGGGGCAGGAGGACUCCGGUUCCCGAGGCCAGCCCGACACUCUCGCUCCUGGCUCGCAGCCCGAGCACUCCCUCCCCUCAUCCGUGUUUGCCUUGCGUAAGGCGGCUCUGGGCGAGCCCAUAAAGCCCCAGCCUGCGGGACUGCUGCCAGUGGCACCAUGGCAUCGGCGAGGGACGCGGCGCUGCUGGCAGGGAUCCUCUUCGUCCUGGGCACUGCGCUGGUGGCGGCAGAACAACCAGAAGCAGAGACCAAAUACGGGAGAGUCCGUGGGUACCAAUUCAAAGUGGACACUGCUGAGAGGACUGUAAAUGUCUUUUUGGGACUUCCUUUUGCUAAGCCUCCGGUUGGAUCACUGAGGUUCUCUGCACCCCAGGCACCUGAGCCAUGGGAAGGUGUCAGAGAUGCCACUUCCUACCCACCAAUGUGUCUACAGGACAAAGAACAAGGACAGAGGUUUUCAGACUUGAUUACCAACAGAAAAGAAAAAGUUCCUCUCCAAAUAUCUGAGGAUUGCUUGUAUCUAAAUGUGUACACACCCGUUCCUACAGGAAAACAGGAGAAGUUGCCUGUCUUAGUAUGGAUCCAUGGAGGUGGAUUAGUUUUUGGAGCAGCUUCAUCAUAUGAUGGCUCAGCAUUAGCAGCCUUUGACAAUGUGGUGGUUGUAACAAUUCAAUACAGAUUAGGUAUUGUUGGAUAUUUUAGCACUGGUGAUGAGCAUGCCCGAGGUAACUGGGGAUAUUUAGACCAAGUGGCAGCUCUUCAGUGGAUUCAGGAAAAUAUCAUACAUUUUGGAGGAGAUCCAGGAUCUGUCACUAUCUUUGGAGAAUCUGCAGGAGGAAUCAGUGUUGGUGCCCUUGUUUUAUCUCCGCUGGCCAAGGGCUUGUUCCACAAGGCCAUUUCAGAGAGUGGUACUGCAGCCCUGGGCUUGUUCACUGACCAGCCUAAGGAGGAUGCAAAAAAAAUUGCUGCUGUCUCUGGCUGUGAAAAAUCCAGUUCAGCUGAAAUGGUUGAAUGCUUGAGAGGAAAAACAGAAGAAGAACUAAUACAGGUAAUAUUGAAAAUGGACACAACAGCACUGCAGCUCUGCAGCAAAGCCUCACCUGAGAAGUGCAAACAGGAUUUCUUUUUCAUCAGUGCAUGUGUAGAUGGUGCAUUUUUUCCCAAGAGUCCCAGGGAAUUACUAUCUGAAAAAUCAAUCAGUGCAGUCCCAUACAUAAUAGGAGUAAAUAACUGUGAAUUUGGAUGGGUACUUCCUAUGAUUAUGAAAUACCCUCCUUUCAUGGAUGGUCUGGACAAAGAUGUUGCACGUCAAAUUUUACAGAGCAACUUAGCACUAGUAAUUAAGGGCCCUGUGUCUGAAGUUGCUGACAGAGUGUACAAGGAGUACUUGGUGGAUGCAGAGAGCCCUGCUCAGGUCCGAGAUGGCCUCCUGGAUGCAAUGGGAGACCUCUACUUUGUCAUCUCAGCUGUGGAAGUGGCCAGACACCACAGAGAUGCUGGCAACCCCGUCUACUUUUAUGAAUUCCAACAUCGAGCAAGUUCACUGGAAGGUUUGGUACCAGAGUUUGUAAAAGCAGAUCAUGGAGCUGAGAUUUCCUUUGUCUUUGGAAAGCCAUUCUUAGCUGGAGGUGCUACAAAAGAAGAAAAUAAACUUAGCAGAACUGUUAUGAGAUACUGGACCAACUUUGCUAAAAAUGGAAAUCCCAAUGGAGAGGGCUUGGUCCAUUGGCCUCAGUAUGACCUGGAGGAAAAAUACCUGGGAAUAGACCUGGAGCAAAAAGCAGGAGAGAAACUGAAAGAACACAGAGUGGAGUUUUGGGCACAACUCAUGAAACAAAUUGAGACUGGAAGGAGAAAACACACAGAUUUAUAAGAGCUGUGGAAGGUACAGUUCACUUUUAAAACCAAAAGGAAAGUCAAACAAAAUUAGUUUGUCAGGAUGCAGAGUAAUUACCUUCUAACCCACAGUUGUGUAAUCUGCUGUCCUAAUCACAGUGAAAGGAGAGAAACAAGGGGUACUCAGAAUGUUUGUCAGACUAAAAAUCACUGUUUAACGAGGCAAGCAGAAAAAAAACCCCCAGAAUCUUUCCAGGUCCAAACAGACCUAUGGUACCUACUCAGUGCAUAUCAAAGCUGAAUAAUGAGGUGGGAAUGGACAAAUGAAUUGAAAUCUGUAAGAAAUUAUCUUUACUGAAUAUACCAUAACUGUCAAGACUAUUUAAUAGGCUUAUUCUCCUCUUCUUUCAGAAGAGCAUGGUCAGUUGUCCUUUCUAGGGCUUCCUUCUGCUUUCUUUAACUGGAAAUAGCCUGUAGGCAGCAGACCAUCCAUCAAACUACGUCUGUGAGGUGGGCUUGACAUCUCACAGAAGAGAACAGAAAAGUUCUACUUGUUUUAUUGGUUUGUGAAUUGUUUUAAAUAAAUGUUGCUUUGAUUUUUCGGAACUUCCUUUUCUUUCACUGAGUUGACAGAGGCUAAUU